AAUUCCUCUGCAACUAUAUAGUUCUAAUACGAUUAUGGAAUUAUUAUUGAAUAACUUUGGAAGUGUAAACAAAUAUUUGCUAAAGUUAAGUAAAUAUAAUAAAGUUCGUACAGCAAAUAUACGUAACUAUAGUUUAUCGCCGUUGGAUGACAACUCGACAACUGCAAAGCUUUCUGCAUCUGCCGACACGACGGCCGACCUUGCUACCCAUGCUCAGAAAGCACAACCUAAACGCACGCAGAAUUCAUUACAUGUAGCAGUUAUUGGUGUUCCAAACGCAGGAAAAAGUACAUUUAUUAACAACUUAAUUAAUCAUCGGGUAUGUCCGACAUCGUCUAAAGUGCAUACAACACGAAAAUCCAGUAAAGCAAUUUACACAACGGGACAAACCCAACUUGUGUUCUAUGAUACACCGGGUUUAGUGACACCACGUGAAAUUAAACGCCAUAAUUUGGAACAAAGUUUCAAAAGCGCCUACAAACAUGCAAUUCAACAUGCGGAUAUUAUCGCUUGCAUGCAUGAUGUUUCCAAUUCAUGGACGCGAAACGCUUUACAUUCCACUGUCAUCGAAACGCUGUAUGAGUACAAACAUUUACCAAGCUUUUUGAUUUUGAACAAGAUUGAUGCGCUGAGAUCUAAACGUGUGCUGCUUGAACUGAUACGCGUGCUAACUAACAAUACUAUUAACACCACACAAUCAGUUGGGAAUAAAAAUCAAAGACGACAGUAUAAGCGAAUUGAAGAGUCUGUUGAUAAACCUGUAGCAAAUUCGGAGGAUAAGAAAGAUGUCAGUUGGAGUAACUUUCAAGAAGUUUUCUUAGUUUCAUCUAUUACCGGUAGUGGACUAAAUGAUAUACAAGAUUAUCUAGUAAGAGUUGCAAAGGAGAGAUCUUGGGAGUAUUCCAAAGGGUCUUUUACUGAUGAAAAACCGGAAGCACUUAUUGUGGAGAGUGUUCGUGCCAGGCUCUUAGAUUACUUACCACAAGAAAUACCAUACAACUUGCAUAGCGCAAUUGAAUACUUCUCCGAAGAGAACGGUACCAUUUAUGCAUCAGUAGAGGUAACUUGUCCGUCAGCUCGUAUUGAACGUUUAAUUUGUGGCGAGUCGAAUGGAAAAUUAAGACAAAUCACCGAACGUGUAACAUCUGAUUUAGUAGAAACAUUCGGCAAGCCAAUCUCCUUAACCAUAUCCACACGAAGUAAGAAGACAGAUUAAAAUAACAUUUGUUAAAAAUAAAAUAUUUAUUUUUUCGUUAAUAAAUUAUAUUUAUUUCUUCAGUUAAUAAACUAGAGUAGUUUUAAAUUGGAUACCAA